AAGAAAGAAAGAGCUCGCGUGUGAUGUGUUUGUGUAUCCUCAGUGUUUUUCUCUCUUGAGUGUUUUAUUGAGUGUAAACAGAGUCUUGUCUCUGUGUAUUUUAGUGUUGAUGAUGGAUGUGAUGUGUUGUAAAUCAGUAGGAACUGAUCUGUCCAUGUUGGAUAUUGAUGAUUUCAUCACAGAAAUCUCUCAGCUGAAGAAAGAGAUGGCGUUACUGGAGACAAAGCUGAGGUUAAGAGGAGAUGAAGGACUGAAGAGAGAGGACUCCGAGCUCAGUCUGACUUUACUCUGUUAUACUGAGUCAAAGCCCACAGACGCUCAGGACACUACAGUGUGUGACAGUAAUCAGGGCUUACAGGAUGAGGAAUCUACUGAUCAAACCUCCACAGAGUCUCUGGAUUCUGUCUGGAACGCUGGAGAACAGCAGCAGAUCCUGCAGACCAAACUCAAGAUGUGUUCAGUCAAACUCAUCGACUGCAAGAACCUCAUCAUGAUAGAGAUGGGAAAAGAAACUCCAGAGGAAGAUCACACUGAUGACGAUGAAGAUGCAGUGGAGAACUUUGACAACGAUGAUGAUGAUUUUAUUCCUUCAGAUGAGAAAAGUGAUUCAUGUUCUGAGGGUGAAAUAACGUCCUCAACAUCAAAAGAGCGACGGACAGCAAAAUCUUUUUCCUGCACCACUUGUGGAAAGACAUUGAGCUCACAUGGACAUUUAAAGAGACAUGAGAGAAAACACAAUAAAGAGAAACGCUUUACCUGCAGGAGAUGUAAGAUCAGCUUUACUACCUUACAAGAACAGAGAUGUCAUUAUUCAGAAGAGCACAGAGAGAAAAAGAAGAGGACGAAGAAGAAGUUGUUUGACUGUGAGCAUUGUGGGAAGAAUUUUGUCGUCUUAUCUUAUCUAAAAAUUCAUAUGAAGACACACAGUGGUGUAAAGUCUUUCCACUGCACUGAAUGUGACAAAUAUUUAAGCAGCAAAGGAAGUCUUGUUGCUCAUCAGAGAAUUCACACAGGAGAAAAACCAUACGAGUGUCCUCACUGUGAGAAGAGAUUCAACCACAAACCUCAUCUGACGAAACAUGUGCGUAUACACACCAAUGAGAGACCGUAUCAGUGCAGUGAAUGUGGAAAAACCUUUACAGAUACUGGUUCUUUAAAGUCACACCAAAAAACACAUUCUGAAGAGAAACCCUAUCAGUGUUCAUACUGUGAUAAACGUUUCCGUCAUAAGGGUCAUCUGAUAGUCCAUGAGAGACUUCACACUGGAGAGAAACCUUAUCUCUGCUCUCACUGUGGUAAGACGUUCUCUAAUCAAAGUUCUUUAAUCUUUCAUUUGAGAGUUCACACUGGAGAGAAACCUUAUCACUGUGAUAUCUGUGGGAAGAGUUUUAAUAGACAGAACAUUUUCGUGAAUCACCAGAGAACUCAUACAGGAGAAAGACUUUACAAAUGCUCUCAGUGUGAGAAGACGUUUGCUCGAUCAGAUGUCCUGAAAACCCAUCAGAGAACUCAUACUGGAGAGAAACCUUACCUCUGCUUGAUCUGUGGGGAGAGAUUUGCUUAUUUAGGAGGUUUUUAUACUCACAAGAAGAAACAUACUGAAGAACAAACUACACUGCAAUCAUCAUAGCAUCUUCUAUAGAUGUCAUUGCGUAAAAAUCUGUCUUUUUCCAUGUUUAAGUGCUAUAAUUUAGUCCACAGUGCUUCCGCCAACCUAGAAAAAAGAACAACCCAGUAACUUUGUUUUGGUAAACCAUUCUCUGCAUGCAUGUGAAAAAUUAGGUCGUUCAGAUUUCACCUGUUUUGUGACGCAGGUAGCGAUUUUAAUUACAACAAUACCCCCCCUUAAUCUGCACUAUCCCACCAUGGCACUGCAAUUUAGUGCAGAGAGAGAGAAAAUAAUUGACAGCACAACUGAGUUUCAAUUUCAACAAACCACCAUUUUGGUGAUCAGUAUUUGCAUUUGAUCAGCUCAUUUGCAUUUUAGGCCUCCCCCAAAAGCGGCACUUUUAACAUGCUAUAAUUAAUUAUCUGUGAGGUAUUUUGAGGUAAAACUUCACAUACACACUCUGGGGACAUCAAAAACUUAUUUUACAUCUUAAAAAGAAUCUCAUAGUACGACCCCUUUAACUUUUGAUUAAUUAAGCUUAAAGGGGACAUAUUAUUAGAGACACUGCCUGCUCUUGUAGGUUCGUCCUCCUCUACAACAUUAGGGAAAUUAAUCAUUUCCUAAAAGAACAUGCUACACAAGUCCUAGUCCAGGCUUUUGUCCUGUACAGACUGGACUAUUGAAAUGUUACUGGCCGAAAUCCCAGCCUUCACAACCAAACCCCUACAGAUGAUCCAAAAUGCUGGGCCAAGAAUGGCCUUCAAUGAGCCAAAGAGGGCACAUGUUACACUGGCUUCCUAUAGCAGCUCGAAUCAAAUUCAAAGCUCUGCUCCUGGCCUUUAAAACCACCACUGGGUCAGCACCUUACCUUAACCUGCUUAUACCCUGUAUGUAUGUACCCUGUCGAUCCCUGCGCUCUACCACAGAGGGACGGCUUGUGGUGCCAUCCCAAAAAGGGAAAAAAUCACUAUCGUGUACCUUUUCUGGAUCGGUGUAAUGAUCUGCCGGUUGUGACAAGAAUGUAAAUCUUGAGCGAGUGAAUGUGUUUAUCCGUUACUUAUAGUUAGUGUUUAUCUGUAGUUCAGUUGUACGUGUGAUUCUGUUGCUCUCUUCCCAGCAAGCAAUUUGGGCUAAAACCAGGCUAAAUUUGGGCUGUCAGUGAAAAUCUAAUAGACGUCUACCAUAGCCCAAGAAUAGACGUAUCAUUUGUAUACGUUUAAAACAAAUGAAAGCAAACACCUUGAACACCUGUUGACUUUGCCUACAUGUUGGAAUAUCAUACAUCUUCAAGUUAUUUUGGCAAAAAUGGCAUGUAACCAAAUUCAAGGCUAUUUAGGGUAGAAGUGGGUUACUUAUAGCCGGUCUAUAGUUAGCCGUCAUUUCAACGUCUGGGUUUUUGCUUGCUGGGUUCUCUUCUUGUUCAUCUUUUCUUUAGUGAUUGUGUUUGUUAACAGCAGAUGUUCAUAAUUAAUGUUCAUUCAUCAUGUCUAUGUAUUUGAUUUGAAAAAGCAAAUCAUCUCUAAUAUUUAAUUUCUUCAAUGAGAAUUUUUGUUUUGAAUAAAUCAAUAUUUUUGAUUGAUAUCAAAGACUCUCUUCAACCCUAUGCCAGGUUUUCAUAGACGUAGAAAAUAUUGUUAAGGGCAACUUAUUUGUUUUUCAUUGGCUCAAGUUAUAAAAUAUAGGUUUACCUACUUACCUUACUUUUUUUUAAGUGGAUGAAUGCUUUUUUUCAGUGUAAGUGUACCUAUUAAGCCCACCAAAGUCAUACAGUGUAAAAAGUGAAAGCUGCUCUAUCUAAUAAACUUACUUCAACUAUAUGUCCAAACCAUGAUUAAUAGCUUUAAAUACUGCUGUGCAAUAAUGUUCUUGGGAAUAUCUUUGUUAACUUGCAUUUGUAUUUGAAAAUCAAAUAUUAGCAUUGGAAAUAUCCAUUGUGAAUGUUAAAUAAAGUCGCUGUUGGGCUAACAGCAUAUUCAUCAGUGCAUACUUUUAUACUUCCCUAUUAACCAGGAGACAUGGAUUUCCUCGAGCAGUAGUCUUUAUUGCAGAAAGCGAUCUUCAAAUCAGAGCAUAGAGCCCAGGAGCUGCAGUAACCAAGUUUAACUUACAGUAGCCCUAAAUUGCAUUUAUAUGCAUUUAAGGGGGCAGCCCCCUAAAUGGAAAACAAAGCAUUGAAAAGAAUUAACUCCCAAAAGAAUUUCACAAACCAUUAAUCCCAUCAAUAUUACCAUCUCACCCACUGUCUCACUUGGAUCAUUUCAUUAUCAUAGAAAUGGGUUCACACCUUUGACUCAGACCCUUGGCCCAAGCAUAAGCAAAUGGACACCAACUUAAAUUUAGCCCCUGAUAAACAACUUAGAAUAUUAACUCCUGUUUUACUUUAUUAACUUUUAGCAUGGAUUACAAAACUCAUACCAUUUCUUAAUACCAAGAAUGCAAAGUUUGGACUCAGGUGGACUCCUGAGGACGCAAGUCCAAUUCCCUUACAAAAUUGAACAAUGUUUUUUGUGGUAAUUGUGUAGUAACCAUGGUUUAUUGGUGUACUGAUUACUAUUAACAAAACCAUGGUUUAACUACAGUAACCAUGGUUUAACUAUGGCUUUUGAAAAUGUCAAAACCAUGGUUAUUUUGUGGUAACCAUGGUUUUACUUAAAGGGGACAGAGAAUGAAAAACCAUUUUUACCUUGUCUUUGUUGAAUAAUGGUAGUGUACCCACAUUCACAAACAUACAAAAAGUGCUAGACAUGCUAAACAUCUCAGUCUCAUAGAAAUUCCUCUUUUAGAAAUGUCAGCCAGAAAACGGCCCAAUCUGAAAAAAUUUUAUCAGUGGCAGCAAAGUCAGCCAAUCAGUAAUGAGAUUGCAAAACCACUUGUUUAAAAUCCCCCACCCUAAUAGAGCUAUCUGAGAGAGGUUUUUAGGAAGCUUCUAAGGCAUUACAGACCCAAACAAAACAAAUUUUGUCCACAUGUCACAUCACAGAACAAGGAUAAAUACUCCGUUCAAUCAUUCUAUGUCACCUUUAAGUAAAUACAUUUUCAUAAGGUUAGUUAUAUUGCAAAUGGAACAGCAGAGUACUUGAGGU